GCCCGGGACCGAGCGGGGCGGCGCGGCUGGCCGGGCCGGCGGUGGCUGGAGCGAGAUCGCGACGCGACGCGACGCGACCGCCGCUUCCGGAGCUCCGCCUGUCCGUCCAGCGCAGCAGCCCGCCCGAGGCCUGGCGGGGUCCGGGCCGUCGUCGAGGGUCGCGGCGUCCUGAGGCGGGGAACGCGCCCGGCGCCCCCAGCUCCGCCGGCUCCCGUGGGGCGGGCGGCCUCCUCGGCGCCUCCCCGCGCCCGCCCGCCGGCUCCCUCCCUCCGUCCCUGCGGCUCCCCCGGCUUUCGGGCCCCGGGGGCGGCCUGUGGCGCGCGGCGCCCGCGCCGGACUGCGCCUCUUUGGACCUUGAGGGGAAACAUGCGUUUGGCUUGGAUCGUUUUAAAUUCUUAGUUUGGGGUCCCCGCCCGCCUGGCUCUUUCGCCCCGCGGGUUUUCUGUAUUUUUUCCCCCCUUUAUUUCCUUUUCUUCCUCUCGGUCUCCUUUUUGACUCCCUCCCCCUUUAUGCUAGCCCAGCUCUCCCCCGACUGCUGAGAAGUGGGGGAGGGUCUCGGCCUCCAGGUUCCUGCCCCAUCGGGGCCCGGGCGAGCAUGGGUGGCAAGCAGAGCACGGCGACCCGCUCCCGAGGCCCCUUCCCGGGGGUCUCCACCGAUGACAGCGCCGUGCCCCCGCCGGGAGGGGCGCCCCACUUUGGGCACUACCGGACGGGCAGCGGGGCCAUGGGGCUGCGUAGUCGCUCAGUCAGCUCGGUGGCGGGCAUGGGCAUGGACCCCAGCACGGCCGGCGGAGUGCCCUUUGGCCUCUACACCCCUGCCUCCCGGGGGACUGGCGACUCCGAAAGGGCGCCUGGCGGCGGAGGGUCUGCGUCCGACUCCACCUAUGCCCACGGUAAUGGUUACCAAGAGACGGGCGGCGGUCACCAUAGAGACGGGAUGCUGUACCUGGGCUCCCGAGCCUCGCUGGCGGAUGCUCUACCUCUGCACAUCGCACCCAGGUGGUUCAGCUCGCACAGUGGUUUCAAGUGCCCCAUUUGCUCCAAGUCUGUGGCUUCUGAUGAGAUGGAAAUGCACUUUAUAAUGUGUCUGAGCAAACCUCGCCUCUCCUACAAUGAUGACGUGCUGACUAAAGAUGCGGGUGAAUGUGUGAUCUGCCUGGAGGAGCUGCUUCAGGGGGACACGAUAGCCAGACUGCCCUGCCUGUGCAUCUAUCACAAAAGCUGCAUAGAUUCAUGGUUUGAAGUGAACAGAUCUUGUCCAGAACACCCUGCGGACUGACCCUGCUGGGCUUGCUUGCUGAAUCCUCUCAAAGGGACACACGGCCCCUGUUCUGAGAGAGGCUCAUCGGACACUGGGGCAGAGCUGAGCUUGGGACACCAGUGGGAACGGGGCGCUCCUUCUGCACUGACUUGGACAGCGGUUCUCCCUCCUCCCCGAGGACACCAAAUUGGACGAGAGAAGAGUGAAUCGACUGCUUAUCCUUCCCCUCCCCCCUCAGCCCAGGAGGGAAAGGGCAUUUUCUUUUUCACCUUUGAAAGGCAUUGUGGGUCUGUCUUUAAAGUGUUUACAAAAAAAUUAUAUAAAAAAAAAGUCUAGUGUCGACUGGUGUUUUCCCUCGUGAUGUUUACAGAUUGCUGUUUGCUGCCCAGCUGUAACCCACAGUCAGUGACAACCGGACAUAGCCAUGGGCUCGCCCCUGGCGCUGAUGGCAGGCAGGUGGGCAUCACAGUCUCACCCUUUGCCCACGCCCUGGUCAGCUCUCUACAUCACCAACCUCCCUACUUGGGGUUUUUUUUUUGGUUCUUGUUGUUGUUGUUAUUAUUAUUUUGUUUUCUACUUUUUUGCCCAUUUUUUUCUGGCUUGGUUUUGCACUUUUCUUCCCUUUGAAACCCUGAUCGAUAACUUGAUUUCAUUGCCAAAACAAACAGACUCCCAUCAAGGACUUUCUCCCACUUCCAGUCCCAUGUCUCCCCCAUUUUUCCUUCUGGUUCUGGUCAGGUCAGAGGAUUUAACAAUCACAAGUGUCCUGCAAAAAUGCCUGAACAUUUUUCUUAGGCCCCUGUGGAUUCUUUUUGUCCCCAGAAAACUUAAUAAAAGACUUACUGGAGAAACAUGUACUGCUCCCCUGUUUUCAGGCACUGUUUGAGAACAUUUUAGCCAUUGAUGUUCACACGUGGCAUUGACCCAUGCAAGAUAGGUUUCUGUAUUUAUAUAUUAAAAUACAAAAAAAAAAAACCCCUCAUAAAAUGUUUAAAAAAUGUUCAAAGCUCGGGAGAAAAGCUUUCUUCAUCAGUCAAGGUGUUUUGAUAUGGUAUUAAAAUAAUGUCUAAUAAAAGAUACACUGCGUGAUUUUAUUUUGAUGAAGUACUGUUAGAGGAUGAAGAAUUGGGGAUGAAAAAUGAAAAAUUGGGGACAAAAACCCAUCUUGCAUCCCUCACCUAACUUGGCAUUCCUGCAGGUUCUGCCUGCUAUUCCUGGCUAGCAGGAAAGGGUGGUUCCCACAUCACUAACCCUCUUAAGUGCCAGGGAACUGAUCACCAUCACCUGUGGAGUGGCUGGGAUGGUGCUCUUCUGGAAAGGUGUCUGGGGACAAAGCUCUUGCAGCCACUGGAGGCCAUGAGGAUGUGGCUCCUAGCUAGCACCAAUGCUCCCCUGGGCCUCUGCCCCCCAUCCCACAUCCUGCUCGCUGUUGCUCCAUCCGAGUCUCAGUGCUGACUCAUGGGCAUACUUAAUUGAGGCCCAAGAAGGAGCCUGGCUUGAAACUGAGCCAACUCAGUACCCUUAACCACCCACUCAGAUUCACAAAAGUUGGCAAACUGCAGGAAGUGUAGGGCAAGGGGCAGCAGUGCUGGCCCAGCCAGCCUCCCAAGCCAGGGAGCUGUCCUCUAGGCCUCGGGCUGAGCCAGUCAAGGGAACAUUGAGAGGGGGACAUCAGCCUCUGCCCUGACCCCCACCCCCAGGCCUGCUGUUUGUGCUGUUGCCUAAGGGUCCAUGCUCACCAGGGCUUCUGGCUUCAUAAUCACCCUCCUCAAAUGCUGCCUACUUUGUGCAGGCGCAUUCCCUGCAGGCCUGUGGCCAUACUCGUGUGCUCAGAGCUGAAGAGCUGUGGUCCAGAGCCUGGGCUUCACUGGCAUCCUCCCUGUGGUGGUCCUCCCUGUGGUGGAGACCCGGGGGCCUUAGAGUGCUGCGGUGGGAAGUGGUGGUCAGAAUGGGCUCUGUCUGCAGUUGAACUGUGUUGGCAGAAUGAGAAAUGACUUCAUUCCUCUGAAUAUCAAUUGUUCACAUGUGAAGUGGGGACAAACAUCAUAUAGCUCAAAGGUCAUUGUAAGGAUCGGGAUCUGCUCUGGAGGCCUGGCACAUGCGCAGCAGGCUUCCCUGUAGCUUUGUCACCGCAAAGGGCACUGUUCUAUUCACAGCACCUUCUGCUUCUGCCUGACAACUGUGUCUCCCUGUUCUAUAUUUAAUUGCACCAGCAAAACUGGUGGGGCAGGGCCCAGCUUGGAAGAUUUCCUUUGCCUGACCCCUGGAUGUGGAGCUAGAGGUUUUGUGUGCCUCCCUUGGCAGCCCGAGCCCAGCUGCUUUUAGUGGUGCCACUGUGAGCCAAGUGGCUGUGCACUGGGUGAAGUGGGUGUGGGGCCCAAGCUGGGUGCUGUUACUGGCUCAUGCUCAUCGCCAUCCUGGGUGACUUUGCUCCACCUGGCACACUGCAGCCCUCUGCUGGCUGUUACAUCUUCUGGGCCCUGACCAGGUUGUCAGCACCUGGCAUGUGGAUGGGGGCGGUGUUUGUGAUCUCCAUCCAGACAUCUCUCCAGAAACCUACAUUCUGGAGGAUUCUGGAAAGGCCCUGCCCUGCCUUUGUGGGAAGGAAGAAGCAUGAAGGAAAUUGCUCCUCAUACAGCCAUUUAAUAGCAUUGAGGUUUAUAGGAGAAAGUCCUUAAUCUUAGAAGGUAGAUGCUGAGUUAUAUAGGCGAAUGCUUUCAAGAAAUGUAUAAUCUAAUUCUAAAUGACUCUCCCAAGAUACACAAAGCAGAUAAUACAAGUGUUCAUCAUGGAAUCUUUAAUGGCUGGUAUUUCAGUGAAUGGUGGUGUACUUGUUUCCAACUUUUCUGUAUGUUUGGAAUUUUUCUUAAUAAAAGAAAUCAUGGGUAAAUGGCCA